AUGUCGGCGGUGCCAAUAGUGGUUGAUUUGGGUUCAGGUUAUAUCAAGGCUGGGUCCAGCCACGCCGCGGAGCCUUCAGGUGUAUUUCCUGCGUUAGUGGGCAAGCCACGUCGGCGGUUCGUGGAGCAAUAUCGGGGUUAUCCGGUGUUUUGUGGAGAGGAGGCGGUGGAAUGUCGGGACAAGCUAUCUCUCUUCAGUCCGAUUGACCACGGGCAUAUAAAAGACUGGAACUCGAUGGAUGAGAUAUGGACGCACGUAUUCUCCGGGAAGUUUGGUUUGACCGGUGACCAGGCGCCCAUUCUUAUAACGCAGCCGCCUAAGGCUUCGAGGACUCAUCAGCAGAAGAUUUUGGAGACGCUUUUUGAGAUGUUUGGAGCACCGGAAGUCAGCAUCCAGGUACAAGGGGUUCUGGGCCUUUAUUCAGUAGCUAUGACAACGGGUCUCACCACGGAAAUUGGUGAAGGCGUCACGCAGGUUGUCCCUGUUAUGGAGGGACAAAUCAUAAAUGAAGGUGUCACCAGGAUCGACUGCGGCGGUCAGGAGCUCACAAUGUACCUUCAAAAAUUACUCUGCAACAACGGCUUCGCUUUCACUACCAGAGACGACUUCGAAUAUUGCAGACUCAUUAAAGAAACUUACUGCUACGUACCCUUAGAUCCCGCAGCAGAGGAUCUCCGCACUGAUCUCAACGUCCAAUUCUCCCUCCCCGACGGGUUUAAACUUAGAGACGGCACCAGCCAAAUAAACCUCGGCCCCGAACGCUUCUACUGCGCAGAAGCUCUAUUCAAUCCUGCCCUUAUAGAAAAAGACCAUCCACCCCUCUUCGAUAUUGUCAUGGGCUCCAUUGCAAAAUGCCCUAUCGACCUCAGAACAAGCAUGCUCCAAAAUAUCAUCCUAUCCGGUGGUAGCUCCCUUUUCGAUGGUCUAGACACAAGGUUACACGACACUCUUACAAGGAUUGUACCAAAAGCUAAACAGCAUCUCGUCAAAAUACGGAAACCGGAAAGUGGCGUGUAUGCAGUUUGGCAGGGUGGCAAGAUUUAUUGUGAAAUGAAAGAUGUUCACGGAGAAUCUUGGAUACCACUACAUGAAUAUCAAGAUUCCGGCGAUUCGGUUUUAGAACGCUAUCGAUAA